AUGGCUUCAGAAUUUGAUAUUACACUGGUUAGGACUCGUUUUCCUGCUUUGAACGCAGAGCAGGUGUUGCUUGACAACGCAGGAGGCAGCCAGGUUUUGGACACUGUGAUCGAAUCGAUUACAUCUUACCUCUCUACCACCAAUGUUCAAUUGGGAGCGACUUACGGCAUAUCUCGGGCAGCCACCGUCGCAUUUUCUAAGGGCUAUGAGGCGGCGGCAGAGUUUAUCAAUGCGAGUCCUGAUGAGAUCUGCCUGGGUAUAUCAACAACUCAGCUCUUGCACAACCUUUCGACCGCACUCAAGUUCCAACCCGGCGAUGAGCUGGUGCUCUCGAAGCUAAACCACGAAGCCAAUAUAGCCGCCUGGGUUCGGAUCGCCGGACGGCUGGGUUUGCAAGUGAAGUGGUGGUCGGCAUCGGAUCCGACAAACCCUGUUUGUGAUUUGGAUGAGCUGAGCCAAUUGCUCUCGGAGAAGACGAGGCUCGUUGCUUGCCCACAUGCUUCAAACAUCACGGGAACAAUCACGAAGGUCAAGGAGAUUGCGGAGCUCGUUCACCAGUAUCCACGAGCUCUCCUCUGCGUGGAUGGGGUUGCGCUUGCACCCCAUCGUCAGGUAGAUGUGAAGGAUCUCGAUGUCGAUAUUUAUGCGUUCUCAUGGUACAAGGUCUACGGGCCGCACAUUGCUCAGCUAUACGUCUCGUCUCGGAUUCAUGAUCAGAUCGACAGCCUUGGCCAUUUCUUCAAAGGCACAGACACGCUGGACCUGAAGCUCAAUCUAGCAUCCGCCAGCUACGAAGCGACACAGAGUAUUCCUGCGGUGCUUGAAUACCUUGGACCCAAUCCUGCAGCUACAUGGGACAAGAUCGCCGCUUAUGAAGAGAAACUGCAGGCGAUACUGCUGGACUAUCUUAGAAGCGAGGAUCAGAUUACGAUCUGUGGGGAGCCAUCAGCAAGCAAGGAGCUUCGCGUCCCGGUAAUCAGUUUCACAGUGCAAGGCAUCAAGAGCCAAAAGGUCAUUGAAGAAGUCGAGCGGCGGACGCGAUUUUGUUUCCGCAAUGGACAUAUGUACAGUCACCGGCUGUUGAAGGAUAUCGUAGGUUUGGAGGAUGUCGAAGAUGGCGUAGUACGGAUCAGCAUGCUGCAUUACAACACUGAGGAAGAAAUCACCCUCCUGGUCGAGAGCUUGAAAGAAAUCAUUAGCACUCUGUAA